AGCCUUAAAGUACGAAGUAGUGCUUAGUUCUGGGCGAGGACAAGCUUCCGAUAUCAGCGCAGCGGAGGUUAACGUAGUGCAUUGCUCAGUGUUGCCAUGCACAUUCAAAGGGCUGGGGUCUUUGGACGAAGUGGGUCGUCAAGGAGGUGAAGGCGGCGUCGUUCGUCACUUUUGUGUUGUGUGAAAAGUGAGCAUUGGCUGUCAAGAUGAUAAACUUGGAAAUGCCCUAUGCACCCUCACAAUAGUACUGACUACACAGGUGCAGUCUGAUAACUGGCAGCUACGUUUUCUAGGCUCCGCGAUGCUGUUGCCUCUGACCGCCACGCUGCUGCUGGUGGCGCCACCGGCGGCUCGGGCCAGCGACAUCAGCCGUGAGGUGCUCGGCUCAUUCCGCAACUUUCUGCCGGCCGCGUUCGGCGACUACAACGGCGACAAGCAGACGGACCUGUUCGUGCUGGACCCGGACCGACACGGGCUCGAAAUCGCGCUCAUGUUCCACGCGAACACGCCGAUGCUGCGGCGGCGCAACCUGCGCUGCGUCUACGGCAACCUGACCCUGCAGUCGCUGGUGCCGAGCGACUUCGACGGUGACGGUGCCAUGGACCUUCUGGUGGUGGCGAAGGAGGCGACGGCGGGCGGGCCGCACGACCUGCUGGCGUUCGUGCUGUGGGGCGACACGCGCCACCUGCCGUGCGGCUACAACAUCUCGAUCGAGCUGCGCGGUCAGCCCCUGGCCGUUGACUACGACGGCGACAUGGUGACCGACCUGUUCGGCCAAAGUCGCAACGGGUCGCGCGUCUUCUGGGUGUUCGGACGUGACCGGACCGUGAGGCGCGUGGUGCUGGACCACGCGGACGCGGCACCGCUGCGGCUGCCGCACGCCAGCGCCUUCGUCGACGUGACGGGCGACCUGGCUGCGGACCUGGUGGUGGCCACGGAGGCCGGCUUCGAGGAGUGGGAGCACGGCGACGCCGGCUGGGCGCUGCGCCGCUCGCUGCCGCUGCCGCCGGGCGUGGUCGCCGCCGGCCAGUCGGCCUUCUUCGACGUCGACUCGGACGGCCGGCUGGAGCACCUGGUGCCCGUGUGCUUCGACGCGCCCUGCGCCAACAGCUCGGUGCUGGUGGCGCGCGCCGACGGCGGCUGGGCGCGCCUCCUGCUCGAGGCUGAGGACCCCGUGCACGGCCGCUGGGGCUUCGUCGCGCCCGCCGAUGACGUGUACCGCGAGGUCAUCACGCCCCGCGUCGGUGACUUCAACCUGGACGGCUACCCGGACCUGCUCAUGAGCCUUGAGCGCAAGGACGGCGAGGUGACGCUGCGCCGCUCCUUCCUACUCCGCAACGUGCCGUGUGCGGAGAAGCCGGCGUGCGGCUUCUCGCGCGGUUUCCGCGCCGAGUGGGACACGUUCGCCGGCUACCCGGACUCGCCGGCGGCGGCGUUCUACGACCUGAGCGACGACGGUCUGCUGGACGCGUUCGUCGUGCACCGCGUGGACGGCCAGUACACUGUGUCGGCAGUGCGCAACAGCCCCGACUACGACGCCCUCUUCCUCAAGGUGAUCGUGCUCGACGGCGGCUGCUUCAACAACUGCAGCUUCGGCAUCCACAUCCCGUACGGCACCAACAAGCCGGGGCCGGCGAUGCUUGGUCGGAUGACGCUGAUUGACGGCAGCAUCUGGUCAUUCGCCGCGGCGCAGCUCUCGCUGAGCGGCCACCAUGCGCUGCAGCUGCCCUACACGGUGCUGGGGCUCGGCCGCAGCCCCAACUUCGUUGACGACCUCAAGAUCGGUGUUCCGCGCGUGUCGCACGCGCCCGGCCCUCUGACACAGCAGUGGACGCAGCUGAUCCCCAACUCUCAGCUGAUCGUGGUGCCGCACCCCCCGGCCCAGCCAUCGCGCUGGGUCAACAAGCUGUACGUGACGCCCGGCCAGACCAUCAUGGCGACGCUGGCGGCGCUGCUCGGCACGCUCGCCGUCACGCUGGUCAUUAUCGGCCUGCUCCACUGGCGCGAGCGGCGUCAGGACCGCCGCGAGCGCAUGCAGGAGGCGCACCGCUUCAACUUUGAUGCCAUGUGAGCCGUCGGCGCCCGUGGGAACGCACUGAUGCCCCGCGCGCCAUCGGCGCCGGUGGGGAACUCACGCCUGUGAGCCGCUACCGCGCCGUGACACCCGCCUGAUGCCGCGUGGGGUACCGCCGCGCUCUGAGAGGGGCACGGCUCCGUGUGGCGCUCGGCACGCCAUGGGCGUGACGUCACGCCACGUGAGCCACCGUGCUGCUGUGGAGCAUGUGCUGAGCGCAGGUCGGGCCCGCGUGGGAGGCGGUCGGGUGCCGUGUGAGCGGACGGAGCUGCGUCAGGCGCCGUGGCGUCAGCUAGCGUCCCGCUCGGAGAUGUGGACACCAUGGGUGUGUGCCGGUCUCGGCUGAUGGAAGCGACCCCGUGUGCACCGUCUCUGCUCGCCGGGCCUGGCGUUCUCUUUGACAUCGCCGGUGGUGCUGAGAGCGGCUUGAAACCAGGCGUGUGGCACCCUGUGUGCUGACCCCAGGGUCCUGACAUCGGACAGGCAUCCGCCUUAGUAUGCGGUGUGGCUCUGUGUGAUGUUGGGCGCCUAUACCAUAUUUCCACUUCCAGUGGGGGGGGGGGGGGGGGAUGGGGCAUCGGAUAUGCUGUGCUGCUGCCGUCUGAGGACCCAGUUAACCCACACGGGAAAUAUAUCAAGACGUCGUUUAACUGAGGCAACCGCCCCGCGCAUGCUGCGUAUGUGCCGAAUGCUAGUGAUGCGGGAUUGGGGCUACUGGUUGAAAUGCUAACCCCCCCCCCCCCCGUCCGCACGAAAGUGUCGUUUUGAGAUAGGCUAUAUAUCUAGUCCACUAUUUAUUCAUGAAUAAGUGAAAUGCCGUGGGUGUAUUAUUGAACUGUAACUGGAGGGAUUGGCGUACCAGUGGGCAGCGAUGAAUGCAGAUGAUGUUGUGCUCAAAAAAAGCUGGAACUGCGUGGUCCGUUGACUAUAUCCUACAGAACUUUGGGCUUUAAUGACUUCCGUGCGUGGUCUUCAGUCCCUCGAGCUUAGUCGUCGCUCCAUGAGAUGAGCACCACCCAGCAAUCAGACUGAGCAUGUGAUUUGUUAAAUAAACAAGAUUGA